GAAAUAUCUGCGCCCUCUGUCAAUAAAAUUUGGAAACUUAUCGUAAUGGUGGUGAUUCUAGUAAACUACCGACUGAUUGCAUCUAUUUUUAUUUGUAUUUUCUAAUUAAUUAGCAUUAAUCGUAAUAUUUAGUGUUGUGGCUGCGGCCAUAUGAUGCUUUCUUAUGUCGGGUAUAGCUAAAACGCCAGUUUUGGCCGAGGAGGGUGGCAUCAAUCAGAGUAGAAAACGUUCUAUCCAGACCAGCGAACAGUGCAAUAAUAAAAGAACAAAAUCCGACGAAAUGAGUGCCAAUGAGAAGAAAUCAAAUUUUUCAAUGUUGACUCCAAACUCUAAUGGAAGCAUUAAGAUGACAUCGUCAUCUAUGAACAAGCCUGGUGCAGCAACGAAGAAGUUGGUUAUAAAGAAUUUCAAAAGUAAGCCGAAUCUUCCAGAAAACUAUCAAGAGACAACAUGGAGCAAGUUGCGGGAGGCCGUGAUCGCUAUCCAGACGUCCAAGGCGAUUGCGUACUCUCUGGAGGAGCUGUACCAGGCAGUAGAGAACAUGUGUAGUCACAAGAUGGCCUCACAGCUGUAUGUGAAUUUAACGAACUUGGUGGAGGCUCACGUGAAGGCGAAUAUUGAGCAGUUCCUGUCCGAGAGCAUGGACCGGCAGGUGUUCCUUAAGCGCAUGGACGACUGCUGGCGCGCCCAUUGCCGCCAGAUGAUCAUGAUCAGAAGUAUCUUCCUGUACCUAGACCGCACCUAUGUUCUACAAAAUCCUAGUAUACAUUCUAUAUGGGAUAUGGGUUUGGACUUAUUCCGACACCACAUAGCAAUGAACACGUUAGUUCAGACGAGGACUGUGGAUGGUCUACUGACCCUGAUUGAGAGGGAACGAGGUGGUGAUGCCGUCGACAUAUCCUUGCUCAAGAGUCUCCUGCGAAUGCUCUCAGACUUGCAAAUAUACCAGGAUGCUUUCGAACACAAGUUCCUACAAGCGACGGAACGUCUGUACGCAGCAGAGGGACAGCGUUUGAUGCGGGAGCUAGCAGUACCACAGUACCUAGCACACGUCGAGAAGAGACUGCGGGAGGAGAAUGAGAGGCUACUCCACUACCUAGACCCCUCCACUAAAUGGCAAUUAAUCCACACAAUAGAGCGCCAGUUGCUGAGCGAGCACCUGACGGGCAUCCUGGGCAAAGGCCUCGAGUCCUUGAUGGACGGGCCUCGGCUCGCAGACCUCACCACUCUCUACACACUCUUCAGCAGGGUCAAGGACGGACUCACGGAACUGUGUAACCACUUCAAUGCUUAUAUCAAGAAAAAAGGUCGUACGAUAGUAAUAGAGCCAGAGCGUGACAAGACGAUGGUGGCUGAACUGCUGGACUUCAAGGAGCAGCUCGACCAUGUGGUCAACACCUGCUUCCAGCGCAACGACAAGUUCCUCUACUCUAUGAGGGAAGCCUUCGAGUACUUCAUCAACCAGAGACAGAACAAACCCGCUGAACUCAUAGCAAAAUUCGUGGAUGUGAAACUAAGAGCAGGCAACAAAGAAGCAACGGAGGAAGAAUUGGAACGGCUACUGGAUAAGAUCAUGGUACUGUUCCGGUUCAUACACGGCAAAGACGUGUUCGAGGCAUUCUAUAAGAAGGACCUCGCAAAACGGUUGUUGGUUGGAAAGUCAGCGUCAGUGGACGCUGAGAAGUCGAUGUUAAGUAAAUUGAAGCAGGAGUGCGGAGGAGGAUUCACCUGCAAGCUAGAGGGCAUGUUCAAAGAUAUGGAGCUAUCUAAAGACAUUAAUAUUACUUAUAAACAACACUUGGCGGCGACGUCGGAGGGCGGCGGGCUGGAGCUGAGCGUGUACAUCCUGACGAUGGGGUUCUGGCCGACAUACGGCGCCGUGGACGUACGCCUGCCGGCCACGCUGACGCGCCAGCAGGAACACUUCUCCAAGUUCUACCUCGCCAAGCACUCCGGCCGCAAGCUGCAGUGGCAGCCCACGCUGGGCCACUGCGUACUCAGGGCCCACUUCGCACAGGGUAACAAAGAGCUUCAGGUGUCGCUGUUCCAAGCGCUCUGCCUGCUCCUUUUCAACGACGGAGACAAUCUCUCCUUCGAGGAUAUCAAGGCUGCUACCAAUAUUGAGGAGGGCGAGCUCCGCCGCACCCUGCAGUCGCUAGCAUGCGGGAAGGCGCGAGUACUGAGCAAGGCGCCGCGCGGCAGGGAGGUACACGACUCCGACCACUUCUCCUUCAAUGCAGACUUCACCAACAAACUCUUCCGCAUCAAGAUCAACCAGAUACAAAUGAAGGAAACUAGCGAGGAACAGAAGGCUACAGAAGAACGCGUGUUCCAAGACAGACAGUACCAGAUCGACGCGGCCAUCGUGCGGGUCAUGAAGAUGCGCAAAGCACUCUCACACAAUCUCCUUAUAUCCGAACUUUAUAACCAACUUAAGUUCCCCGUCAAGCCUGCGGACCUGAAGAAACGCAUAGAAUCGCUGAUCGACCGCGACUACAUGGAGCGCGACAAGGAUAACCCGAACCAGUACAACUACGUGGCGUAAUAUCCGGCCCGCCGCGGCCACGCUGCGUCGCCGCCCGGCCCACGCUACUGCGUCACCAUCACACUGCGACACCGCCUCUAAUCUCGCUCAAUAAAUGUCUCAUCAUUCUACCAUGUUUCAACGAGUUGUACUUAUAACAUAUUAUACGCUAAACGGUGUUUCUAAAUAAGCCAUAAUCUUUUCACAUAUUUGCCUGUAAUUUUUGUAAGUUAUUACUACAAUAACCAGUGUUCUUUAUUCUUGCAACCUAAUGCAUUAUCACAUACAAUAUCAAUUUUAACUGUCGUUAAUUGAAUAAGAUAACUUAUUCGAAUAUUAGA